AUGAUGAGCUCACUUAAGCGCAAAGAGGCAUCUACGGGCGGUGUGCCGUCCAAAGCAGCCAAAACUAACGGCGGCGGUGAUGGUGACCGACCCUCGAAGCGGGCCAAGGCCAACAAGUCGGGAGACUUCAAGAAGACGAACGACAAGACCGACAAGAAGAAGCCCGACUCGGAAUCGAACUCUGUCCCAGCCACGGCGGGUGCUUCGACCCUCGUUUCCCGUCUCAAGGAGGACGAGCCUCUUUUCCCUCGUGGCGGCGGCAGCGUCCUGACGCCCCUGGAAUACAAGCAAAUUCAGGUGCAGGCCAAGAGCGAUGCCCUUUUCGACCAGGCGAAUGGAGACGCCGACAAGGCCGAUGGCCCGGAAAAAAAGAAGAAGCAGAAGGGCAGGCGGAAGCUCGACGCCGCCACCGCGAAGCCCGCCGACGACGGCCCCAGAAUUGAGAGCUUGAACUACAAGGCAUUUUCGACCAUCAACCCCCUCGAAGUCUCGGUCGCCCUGCCUAACAACCUCGUGGGGCACCUUCCCCUUACCUCCAUUUCCCAGACCUUGAACGAACGCAUCGAAGCCGAAGCUGAGGCGGCCGAUAAAAGCGACGCCGAAGAUGAGAUUGACGACUCAGAAAACGACGGGGUGGACCUGCAGGAGCUGUUCACUGUCGGCGAAUACAUCCGGGUGUCUGUUGUCUCCACCGAGGACGACACAUCCAACUCCAAGAGCAAGCGGCGCAUAGAUUUGUCCGUGCGGCCAGAGCAUGCCAAUGCGGGACUUUCUGAGCAGGAUGUCGUCCGCAACUGCACUGUCAUGGCCUCUGUUGUCAGUGUGGAAGAUCGUGGUUAUGUGAUGGACCUGGGCAUUGGCGGCUCGGAUCUUCGUGGUUUUCUCGCUAAGAAAGAGCUCGACCCUUCGAUCUCCGAGGCGCGCGUGCAGCCUGGUGCGGUUCUUCUUUGUCUCGUCACCAGCAAGUCACCCAACGGAAAGGUGGCUCAGCUUACCACUCAGAAGAAGCAGCUGGGCAGCCUCAAGAGCGCCGCCACCGACGCUGUCACAAUCAACACCUUUUUGCCCGGUACGGUUGUCGACAUUCUUCUGUCGGACGUUAGCGGCCGUGGUUUUGUCGGCAAAGUCCUGGGCCACCUCGAUGCUACUGCCGAUGUCAUCCAUUCGGGUGCUGGUACCAGUGACGCCGACCUUGAGGACACGUACAAGAUCGCGUCCCGGGUGCGCGCACGCGUCAUCUGCAACUUUCCUACCUCUGAGUCGCCCAAGGUUGGUGUGUCUGUCCUCCCUCACAUCGCCGCCCUCACGCCACAGACCGUCGAAAGCAGCCCCGACAAGAAGAAGAGGAAGAAGCAGGAGCAGGAGCAGGACGACGAGCAGGCGGCCAAGCUUCCCCUUGAGGCCCUCCCAUUGUCCUCGACGGUCGAGCGCUGUGUCGUGCGUCGGGUUGAGCCCAAUGUCGGCCUGUGGGUAGAUGUUGGCAUCAGCGGCGUUCCUGGUUUCGUACACAUCUCCCGCGUCAAGGACGGCAAGAUCGACGCUCUUUUCGAGUCUUCCGGCCCCUACAAAGCCGGCUCUUCCCACCCUGGCCGCGUUGUUGGCUACAACCCCAUGGAUGGCACAUUUCUCGUUUCCUUUGAGAAGUCUGUCUUGGAGCAGGCAUACCUCCGUAUUGACGACGUACCCGUUGGUAAAGUUGUCCCCGGUACGGUCAAGAAAAUGCUCAUCAGCCCGUCCGGUGUGUCUGGUCUGAUUGUCGAGAUUGCCGAUGGUGUCACUGGUCUCGUCCCCGAGUUGCACCUGGCUGAUGUCAAGCUACAACAUCCAGAGAAGAAGUUCCGCGAGGGCAUGAAGGUCAAGGCACGCGUACUGUCCACAGACCCGGAAAAGCACCAGAUCCGCCUGACGUUGAAGAAGACGCUCGUCAACUCGGACCUGCCUCCCAUUUCUUCGUUUGACGACCUGACGUUCGGUCUGCAGUGCCUUGGUACAAUUGUCAACAUCAUCCCCGCCGGUGCUUUUGUGCAGUUCUACGGUGACCUCCGCGGCUUCCUCCCCGUCUCCGAGAUGAGUGAGGCGCCUAUCACCAACCCCGAGCAGCACUUCCGCCUGGGCCAGGUCGUCAGUGUCCGUGUGCAUAAGUUCAACCGCGAUCGUAACCGUCUCGUUGUCACCUGCAAGGAUCCCACCUCAUUCGGCGUCGAGAAGAAGCUGGCACUGAAGGACCUCGCUCCUGGCGAGAUUGUGUCUGCCACGGUGAUGGUUAAGAAUGCUGACAGCGCUGAGGUUGAGCUGGCCAACACUGGCCUGAAGGCCACCCUCCCGGUCGGCCACCUUUCCGACCGUUCGGCAGCCAAGAACGCGGCUGCGCUCCAGCGCCUCCACGUCGGCGAGGUCCUUUCCGAGCUCCUUGUUCUUGACAAGCACGAAAAUCGCCGGGCAGUGACCGUCUCUCAGAAGCCCAGCCUCAUCGCGGCGAGCAAAGCCAAGACCCUUUUGACUAGCAUGGAAGGCGUAAAGGCUGGCGACAUGAUUGCUGGCUUUGUCCGCAACAUUACGUCGACGGCUGUCUUUGUCCAGUUUGCCGCAAACAUUGUGGCUCUGCUGCCGAAGCAGCUAAUGCCCAGUGGCAUCCAAAACCAGCCCGAUUUCGGCAUGCACAUCUCCCAGAGCCUGGAAACGCGCGUCAUUUCGGUUGAGAACGACCGCAUUGUCGUAUCUCUCCAGACCGAGGCUAGAACGACAACUAACGCAGAUGACGAUGCCAUUGACACGAAGCUGAUCAAGCCGGCCGACACGGCCCUCAAGACCCUUGGCGACGUGAGAGUGGGUGUUGUGACCAAGGCAAAGAUCACCAGCAUCAAGGCGACGCAGCUGAACGUUCAGUUGGCCGACAACGUGUUGGGCCGUGUAGACAUUACCGAAGUCUUUGACAAGUGGGAGGACGUGCCCGACUCCAAGGACCCGCUGCGCAACUUUAAGGAAAACCAGGUCAUUGACGUGCGCGUUCUGGGUGUUCACGAUGCGCGCAAGCGCACAUACCUUCCCAUCACGCAACGCAGCAGCCGCAGCGUUUUUGAGCUGUCUGCGAAGCCGAGCAACGUCAAGGCUGUUUCGGCACCGCCCGCCCCGACCAUGGACAAGAUCGAGCCCGAGUCGUCAUGGAUUGGUUUCGUCAACAACCGCAAGUCCAACUGCCUGUGGGUCAGCCUGUCGCCCAACGUGCGCGGCCGUAUGUACGGCAUGGAGGCGUCCAACGACCUGUCGCUCGUCAAGGAUCUGGCGGAGAACUUCCCCAUCGGCACGGCACUGCAGGUGCGCGUGCUGCACGUGGAUGCCGAGCAGGGCCGCCUGGACCUGUCGGCACGGCCCGCUGACGCCAAGGACGAAAUUGACUGGUCGUCGAUUGACAAGAACAUGGUGCUUCCGGCCAAGGUGACGAGAGUCGACGACCGGCAGGUGGUGGUGCAGAUUAGCAAGACGGUGUCGGGCCCGAUCCACUUGAUCGACCUGGCCGACGACUACGACCAGGCCGUGACGACACCGCAUUUUAGGAACGACAUUGUGCGUGUCUCGGUCGUGUCGGUGGACAGCAACAACAAGAAAGUGCGGCUCUCGACGCGGCCGUCGCGUGUGCUGAACUCGUCGCUCAAGGUCGAGGAUCGCGAGAUUACGAGUGUGGCCGACGUUGUGGUCGGCAAGAUCAUCCGCGGUUUUGUGCGCAGCGUCUCAGACAAGGGCCUUUUUGUCAACCUGGGUGGUGAUGUCGUGGCUAUGGUGCGCAUUGCAGACCUUUCAGACCGCUAUCUCAAGGACUGGAAGGCGCACUUCCAGGUCGACCAGCUGGUGCGCGGCCGCGUAGUCGCGGUCAACCUGGAGCAGAAGCAGGUGCAGCUGACGCUCAAGGCGUCGGUUGUGGACGACAACUACGUGCCGUUGUCGACGCUUGCCGACUUCCAUAAGGACCAGAUUGUCAGCGGUCGCGUGCGCAAGGUGGAGGAAUUUGGUGCCUUCAUUGUCCUGGACAACACGGCCAAUGUUAGUGGUUUGUGCCACCGCAGCGAGAUGGCUGACAAGGCCGUGCGGGAUGCGCGGAAGCUGUACAAGGAGGGCGAUGUGGUCAAGGCCAAGAUUCUGAGCAUCAACCACGAGAACGGCCGUGUCAACUUGGGCCUAAAGCCGGCCUACUUUGACAAUGAGGACGACGACGAAGAUGCGAUGAGCGUCGACGAUGAGGACGAUGGUGCGCGCCUGGAUGACUCGGACGACGACGACUCGGAUGACGACAUGCUGGACGUUCGGGAAGCCCUUCAGAUUACCGGCACGGACAACGACAUCGACAUCCUGAACGGUUCGUCGGACAAGGACGACGAAGACAGCGAGGAUGAGGACGAGGAUGAGGAGGAGGGCGGUGUUACGCAGGGCGCGACGAGCGGUCUCUCGGCCGGUGGCUUUGACUGGUCGGGUGCCGACCUGGACAAGGACAUGGCUUCCUCGGACGACGACGAGGGUGAUGCAGAUGCUGCCGCCGCCAAGAAGGCCAAGGCCAGCGCGAAGCGCAAGAAGGCGGCUGCCGCGGCGCAAAUGGAUAUUGACCGGACGGCCGAGCUGGACAUUAGCGGUCCGCAGACGGCAAGCGACUUUGAACGUCUGCUGCUCGGUCAACCGGACUCGUCAGCGCUUUGGGUCGCGUACAUAGCGUUCCAGCUGCAGGUCAGCGAGCUGGCCAAGGCCCGCGAGACGGCCGAGCGUGCGAUCAAGACGAUCAACGUACGCGAAGAGACGGAGCGCCUCAACGUGUGGAUUGCGUACCUCAACUUGGAGGUCGCGUACGGCACGGACGAGACGGCCGAGGAGGUGUUCAAGCGGGCGUGCCAGUACAACGACCAGCGUGAGGUGUUUGAGCGCACGGCGAGCAUCUACAUCCAGUCUGGCAAGCACGAGAAAGCGGAUGAGGUUUUCCAGGCCAUGACCAAGAAGUUCGGUGCCCAGGCACCGCAGAUCUGGAUCAACUACGCACAUUUCUUGCACCACAGCCUCCAGGAUGCCGAGCGGGCACGUGCUCUGCUACCGCGCGCCAUGCAGAUGCUCGACAAGCACGCGCACGUCAACUUGAUGGCGCGCGUGGCCGCGCUCGAGUUCCGGUCGCCCGUGGGCAGUCAAGAACGCGGCCGUACUGUGUUUGAGAGCCUGCUGGCCAAGUCGCCCAAGAAGUUUGACCUGUGGGACCAGCUGCUGGACCUGGAGACGUCCGUGUAUGCGGCGGAGAAGGCCAAGCAGGCUGCAAAGGGUGGCAAGAGCACCAAGGCCAGCAAGGCCGACGCGUCGGUGGUGAGAGAUGUGUUUGAGCGCGGCACCAAGGUCCCUGGCAUCAAGCCCCGGCGGGCUAAGACGUGGUUCCAGCGGUGGGCGAAGUGGGAGGAGCAGCACGGCGACGCCAAGAGCCGCGAGAAGGUGUCAGCCCGGGCCAAGGAAUGGGCAGCCGAAGCUGAGAAGAAGAAGGCCGAGGCUGAGGCCGAGGAGAGCGAGUAA